UCUAAACGAGACAGGGGCUUUAUUGACACGAAGAAAGAAAUGUUGUGGAUAGAAUGGCAGACACUGACUAGGCAUUACACUGACGAUCAGCUCAUGAUAGGAGAGUGGUUUUACGAUAUAUACCAGAAAUACUCCGAGCCUAUCAGGAAGUACCACAACACUGAACAUAUCUACCAGAUGAUUCUGAACUUUAAGCACUUCUACCAGGAGUUGACCUUUCCCAGAACAGUUCUCUUCGCUAUCUUCUUUCACGACUACAUAUAUGAUCCUAAGAGCAACAAUAACGAAGAAGAGAGUGUCCAAGCAUUUGAGAGCUGUGCUAGAGACUUAGAGCUUGAUGCGGACGUGGUGAAGGGUGUGAAACAUAUGAUCAAUCUCACAUCAUCUGGUCAUUAUACUAAGGAGCUGGAAGAAGACAAACCCAAGACACGUGACGUUCACUACUUUCUGGAUUUUGAUCUGUCUAUCUUGGGCAGCAAUCCUGUGGAGUACACGCUCUACGCCAAAAAGAUACGAAAGGAAUAUAGCCAUGUGGGAGAGGAGGAAUUCUGCACAAGGCGAGCUCAGGUGAUGGAGAAGUUUUUAGAACGAAAGUACGUGUUCUGUACGAGAGAGUUCCGUCAGUUUGCGGAGGAGAACGCCCGGAAGAACGUGCAGGGCGAGGUUGUUAUCCUGAGAGGACGCGCCGAACAUCUCAGAACGUGCAAAGAAAAAGGGCACACGUGCGGUAUUAAAGAUGGGGAAAUAGAAGGUGGCACUGACGUAGAAGAAUGUACGGACCUUUGCUCCCAAGAUUGAUUUAUGGUUACUGAACAGCUAAAAUGCAAUUGCCUGACGGAUGAUUUAUGAUAGAAUUUGAUGCACAAUUACUG